AUGGGUGCAGGGCAGUCAGUUCAAGCUCAAACCAGGGUAGAGCAGCGAGUGGUGGACCAGCUGCGGGCGAUGCGUUUGGAAGAUCAAGUCCGCCAGCAAGAGGUAGAGAAGGAAUACAUUCAUAUCGGUCACGAGAAGGGACUACCACAAUCGUACUCGGUCGAUCCUACCAUAUCUGUUUCUCAAGCUUCAGAAUGGGAAAAGGCAUUGCUUGCUGAGCCAAAGAACCGUCUGGCUCUCAGUGCCUUGCUCGGAAACGACGUCGAUACCAUCGUCAGUCAGAAAGUCUCUACCCUCGCCGAUACUCAGACUUUCAACGUCAAGAUACCCUUUGAAGGUGCUCCGAUCACAAACCAGAGAUCGUCCGGACGAUGCUGGCUCUUUGCAACCACCAACGUCCAUCGAGUAGCCAUCAUGAAGAAGCAUAACCUGAAAGACUUUGAAUUAAGCCAAGCAUAUCUGUUCUUUUGGGAUAAGCUGGAGAAAGCAAAUUGGUUCCUCGAACAAAUCAUUGAUACAGCUGAGCAGGACCUCGACAGCAGGCUUGUUCAGAACCUCUUGGGCGCGCCUGUCAAUGAUGGAGGGCAGUGGGACAUGGCCAAUAAUCUUGUAUACAAGUAUGGUCUUGUGCCUCAGUCUCUUUAUCCAGACUCAUUCAACGCCAUGGCUUCCUCCAAGAUGGGCCGUCUCAUCACUAGCAAGUUACGAUCCGACGCUCUCACCCUACGUUCCAUGGUCACAAGCACAAAGUCUUCCUCUUCGAAACAGAAACUCCUGGCCACAAAAGCUCGCAUGAUGCAAGAGGUACACUGCAUUCUUACUCUCAUGCUUGGCCCACUGCCGAAGCCCGACGAAGCCUUUACCUGGGAAUACUACGAUGCAAACGGUGCCUUCCACAAGGUACAGAAGACGCCUCUCCAGCUAGCUCGAGAACUCUCUGCUCCAGCUCUGACACGCAGCCUGGCAGGUGCCAACGUGAACAACCUCUUUUCCCUGGUCAACGAUCCACGACACGAGUACCUGGCCCACAUGACCGUGGAUAGACUCGGCAACGUCGUAGGCGGAUAUCGACCAAUAACUUAUAUCAACGUCGAUAUGCCGACCAUGAAGCGAGCCACGAUCAAGAUGCUCAGGGCUGGUCUACCAGUCUUCUUCGGCAGUGACGUAGGCAAGUUCUCAAACUCAACUUCUGGCAUCAUGGACACCAAGCUCUACGACUACGAUCUAGCAUUCGGCUCUGGCAACGGUGCUCUGCAAAUGAGCAAAUCACAACGUCUACGUGUUGGAGAAUCAGCCAUGACUCACGCUAUGGUCUUGACUGCCGUGCAGGUGGACGAGAAGACUGGUCAGAGUAUCAGGUGGCGGGUACAAAAUAGCUGGGGCGCCACACCCGGUAGCGAAGGUUGGUUUGUGAUGACAGACGAGUGGAUGGACGAAUUCGUGUACCAGGUUGUCGUUGAUCCAAGCUUCGUCGAGAAAGAGGUCAGGGACUGUUUGAAGAAAGAGCCCAUGGUGCUUCCCUUGUGGGAUCCCAUGGGUGCUUUAGCAUAG